GCUGCGAAGCUGCGACCCCACCUUGGUGCCACGCUUGGAGAGGAGUGGCAGAUGGCUUUGUGGUUGCUGUCGCAGAUGCCGGCAGCCGGAGUUGUGCCGAAUGUUGUCAGUUUCAGUGCAGGCAUCAGUGCGUAUGAGAAAGGUGGCGAGUGGCAGAUGGCUCUGUUUUUACUGUCGCAGAUGCCGGCUGCCGGAGUUGUGCCGAAUGAGAUAAGCUAUGGUGCUGGCAUCCAAUCUUGUGGCACUGCCCGCAUCUGGGAGCUGGCCUUGUACUUAUUUGCCUCGAUUACAGGGAACCAGCUACAGCCAGAUGCAGAAACGUACGGGCAAGCCAUAGAUGCAGCCUCGCCUGAGGCGGUCAGUUUCGAGCUUUUUGAUCAAGCCAUGCGGAACCAGACGUGGCCAGACAUCUGGCAGAGAGGUGGAGCUUGGCUUGAUCUGCAUGACCACUCCUGUGGUUCAGCAAUGCUUGCGGUGUCGUUGUGGCUCGCGGAGGUUGUCCGCAGCAGCUUGCCAGGAUGCCGAGACAUGCAUCGAUAUCGCCCGCAGUCAUCACAGGUAUCCGUCCGCAGAUUCUGGGAUGAACGUGCUAUCCCCUGCAAGAUCCAUCCGCUGAAUCGUGGGCUUUCAAAGCCCGACCUUCGAGGAAUCGACCCCGAUUUCCAGGAGCCAAGGCUGGUAACCGCACUGGCUGCAGGCACCGAUCACGUUUGUUGCCCCUUCGGCGAAGCCUUCGCAAAGAUCGUCGAAGAGGCCAAGGCAUCCAGCGAGGAUGCGGCUUCACUACGAGAGGCCUGUAUGGGUGUGCUCCGUGAGCUGCCGAUGGUCGCAAAGUGCUCCGUAGACUCACUGGACAGCUUGGGGGAGCCCCGAGGUUUGAACUCUAUCUCACACGUCCCCGACGUCUCCAACAUCUGCGACCCAGUCACCGCUGACUUGGGGUUCCACGAUGGCGUGUCCGACACGGACAGCACGUUCUGCUCCGAUGGAGCGUCUGACUCUGCCCUGGAUGGAUCGACGAAGGACGCAUCCUCAUCCAUGGACAUCUGCUCCCUCCCGCUGGAGCACGGUGAUCCAGCAGAUGGAUCGGAGCAGCAGAAGAAGAUUGAGCUGAAGCUCAGAAAGCAGAGCAUUGACAUGCAGAAGGGCAGGAACAAGGCGUGCGGCAAAGAUGACGGUCUGAGCCACUUGGGAAAUCAGAAGCAGGGUGCUAGAUCCUUGGGUUUUUUCGGAUGCGUGCAGCUGGAGUUUCUGACAGAGGGCGCGUUUGAACUCUAUCUCAGACGUCACGUCCCCGACGUCUCCAACAUCUGCGACCCAGUCACCGCAGACUUGGGGAUCCACGAUGGCGUGUCCGACACGGACAGCACGUUCUGCUCCGAUGGAGCGUCUGACUCUGCCCUGGAUGGAUCGACGAAGGGGACGCAUCCUCAUCCAUGGACAUCUGCUCCCUCCCGCUGGAGCACGCCCGGCCGCCAAGAAUCCAGCAGCUCUAAGCAGUGGCGCUUGCGGCUUCGGAGCACUUCACAAGUACCAUCAGAGGAGUUUUCUAAGCUCGCCCCUGCAACAUAUAUUCAGCUGGGCCGACACUCUGCCACUGCUGCACGCCUGAACCUGUCUUUGAUUGCCGUAGACGGCCGCAAUCCUCGCAACUGUGCCGAGGGUGAUCUAGCAGAUGGAUCGGAGCCGCAGACGGAGGACAAUCAUCCGGUCUUCCUGAACAUUUACCAUGUGGGCGCCUACGUGCUUGGCUCGACAGGAUUGCCGCUUCAGAUGUUUUGCUUUUCGGUUUCCAAGCCCGAGAACUUAGCGUAUUGGAUGAACGGCCUGUUUGCCAACCACUUUUCGCCGGUGAAGCUCGGCGGCGCCUUUCACCUGGCCGUUCAGGUUGGCGACGAGGAGUGGGCCUAUGGCUACACGCCGCAGGGCACCGGCGUGUACAAGACCAUCCCACGCUCCGCGCCACUGUUCCGGGAGAGCAUCGAGCUGCGCCUUUGCUGGAUGCAAUUCGAUGGUUUCGGCUUCGGCGACAUCUACCGCACAGAAGGGGCAACUUACACGUUCGGUUACUUUUACGUACCUGUGGAGCACAAUGCGCUUGAGCGUGAUGGCACGGCCGAAAGGACUCCGACACAACAGUCGGAGCAGCAGAUUGCAGAGCUCUACCGUGAUUUAGCUGGUCAGUGGCAUGGCCGUGAGUACCACCUCCUUCAGCGCUUUGCCGACCGCUGCUGUGCGACCUUCGAGGCCUCUUGCAGUGCAAAGAGCAGUUCGCUGGCUGUGAUGGCUUUUCGGGGUGCCAUUAGGGGAGACCGGGAUCCGGAGACGACGCUCAGAGCCAGGCGCAAGGGCUCCCAGCGCCGCACCAGAGAAGCCCAGUCGAAGGCGGAGGAGGCACGCCGUGAGCUUGCCGAGGCCAGCGCAUCAAACUGCACGAUUCCCUCGCCGAGCUCGGUCGCAAUUCAAGAAAUCACGCUGUGCUUGCGGGGACGGCGGGAUACUGGUAGACUGACGUGGGCUUCGGCAGCCCGGCGCCAACUCCGAAAUGCCAACCUUUCCAAGCACCAGGGGUCCCUUUGCUUUGCUUUUGCGAAGACUUGGCCUGGACUGGCCUCAGGCUGCGAAGCUGCGACCCCACCUUGGUGCCACGCUUGGAGAGGAGUGGCAGAUGGCUUUGUGGUUGCUGUCGCAGAUGCCGGCAGCCGGAGUUGUGCCGAAUGUUGUCACUCUGUUUUACUGUCGCAGAUGCCGGCUGCCGGAGUUGUGCCGAAUGAGAUGAGCCAUGGUGCUGGCAUCCAAUCUUGUGGCACUGCCCGCAUCUGGGAGCUGGCCUUGUACUUGUUUGCUUCGAUUACAGGGAACCAGCUACAACCAGAUGCAGAAACGUACGGGCAAGCCAUAGGCAGCCUGGUUACCGAGCCCUGCGCACAAUUCGGCUUGGGGCUUACAACUGACGUCUUCGAGGUGUUGGUCUUGCUCACUUGUCUUGCCGGGCCUGUGACAUGUGCUGGAUCGCAGGACUACGAUGCUUGGCACCGACAGGCAGUUGCCAAAGCGCCUAGAUUGGACUUGAAGGACAUCGUCACAGCCAAAUACUGCGGAUUGAAAUUGGAGACGAGUGCAGGAGCUAAAGGCACAAAGCGGCACGAGGAGUUUCUGCAGUAUGCGGAGGCUGCGGGCUUGUCUCCCAGGAACACCAAGGGCUCGAUACCAGCGGACGUGCGCUCUGAGCACUAUGGCACCGUGGUUGGGCGCAUUGUCAGCCAGCAAGUCCCUUUGCUGAUGGUGGAUAAGAGGAGUCAGCUGGGGCUCUUGCGACCAGAGGAGCAGCUAAGGACUGUUGGCUAUACUGGUGGGAGAAACACGAAGCCUUCCUACGAGUCGGUUUGUGGCGGAGAUGGACACACAGAGGCGAUUCAGAUCGAGUAUGAUCCAGAGCAGGUGAGUUACGAUUCUCUGCUCGAUAGCUUCCUCCAAGGGCACCAGCCGAUGCGCUCCAAAGCUCAGUACAAGUCGGCGAUUUGGUAUCACAACGAGGAGCAGAGGAAGAUUGCAGAGAGCAGGAUGGAGGAGACCGGGGCUGCGCCGGUUGUCGAUGUCGACGAGGCCAAAUCCUGGUACGAUGCCGAGGACUACCACCAGAAGUACUACGACAAGCAGAACUGCGCAGUGAUGUAA